AUGCGUCUUAACUCCGUUCUCAGGAGCCUUUUGGUGCUCUCCUCCUCCUCCUCGCUCGUCUCGGCAGUCUUAACGGCCAAUGAGACUUCCCAGUCCGUGAGGAUCGGGAACGACAGGCUCGCCUUCUCGGUCAACAAGAGUACUGGCGCGAUCGACUUCCUCACCUUGGAUGGCCAAGACCUGCUCGGUACCCAAUCCAGCACUCCAGUAACACCCGGAGGAGCUACCGGCAAUGGCAGGUCCGGCAUUGGGCCGUAUCUCGACUGCUAUUGCACUCCAUCCGGCUCGUACACACCUGGUUCGAAAGGCGCGACCUACAAGGUCUUCCAGGGAGUGGACGCAUCCGAUGUCAAGUACGGGGGCGUCGUCAUGAGCGAGGUCUACCCGCCCACCGGCCAGGUCCUGGAGCAGUAUUGGUUCUUGCGUGACGGGGAGACGGGGCUGCACACCUUCAGUCGAAUCGCAUACCACAACUCUACCAAGCCGUUCUUGCGCAACCUCCAAGAGUUCAGGACUCUGUUCCGGCCCAACACCAAGAUUUGGACUCAUCUCAUCACGGAUGACCAAACAUGGGCUCCGCUGCCAGUUCCCAAUCCGGCGACCGGGAGUUCGACAAACGCCAUCACUGUUCAGGACGCGACCUGGUAUCUGGCCAACCGCACUGGCGACCCGUAUGUCGAGAAGUUCUCUGACUACUUCACCAAAUACACUUUUGCAGCGGUGUGGCGGGAUCAGACGGCUCACGGCCUGUUCGCCGAUGGGUCUUACAUCAAUGAUAACUCCACAUUUGGGGCCUGGCUCGUAAUGAACACCAAGGACACUUACUUUGGCGGGCCCCUCCAUUCCGAUCUGGUGGUUGACGGCAUUGUCUACAACUACCUUGUCUCGAACCACCACGGCGACGGCACCCCCAACAUCACCGAUGGUUUCGACCGCACGUUUGGUCCCCAAUACUACCACUUCAACAAGGGACCUGCUGGCGGAUCGUGGCGGAGUCUUCGGGACGAGGCCCUCAAGUUUGCGUCGCCGUCCUGGAACGCCGACUUCUACGAUGCCAUCGCCCAGUACGUGCCCAACUACGUCCCCACCGGGGGACGAGGCUCGUGGGAGGCCAAAAUCGCGCUGCCCAAGGGUGCCAAGAACGCGGUUGCCGUCCUGGCACAAGACGGCGUCGACUUCCAGGAUAACGUUCUCGAUCCCUCGGCGUACCAGUACUGGGCCAACGUCGACUCGAACAGCGGCAAGGUCCAGAUCGACCGGAUCAAGGCGGGCACGUACCGACUGACGGUGUACGCCGACGGCAUCUUCGGCGACUUCGUGCAUGACGGGAUCGUCGUCGAUGCCGGCAAGACGACAAACAGCGGGCGCUUGGUGUGGUCUGCCGAGUCGGCCGGCACCGAGCUUUGGCGCAUCGGGACCCCGGAUAAGUCCGGCGGCGAGUGGCGACAUGGCAAUGUCCGAGACGCGCACCACCCUCUGCACCCACCCGAAUACCGCAUCUACUGGGGCGCCUACGACUUCAUCGACGACUUCCCCGAGGGCGUGAAAUUCCACGUGGGCACGAGCGACGAGGCCAAGGAUUUCAACUACAUCCACUGGUCGGUCUUCGGCGGCUACGCCAACUUCCGCCGGCCGCAGCAGGCCGAGGGACACGGUGAGAUCAACAACUGGACCAUCACGUUUGAUCUUGACGACAAGCAGCUUCGCCACACCAGCCUGGCCACCUUUACUGUCCAGCUCGCCGGAGCCAAGACGGCAGCUGGAAACACGGAUGUGUUCAACGCAACACAGGCAUACAACGACCUGCCCUUUGUCGUCGCUGUCAACGGGCAUGAGUUGGAGCCGUGGAUUAUCCCCUACCACCACUCCUCAUCCUGCGGAGUCCGCAGCGGCAUCGCCUGCUACCAAGUAUCUCACAAAUUCACGUUCCCAACAGAAUAUCUUACAACGGGAAAGACGAGGAAUGAGAUUAUUCUGAGUUUGCCGUACAACGCGACCGACUACGAAAGCGCGCUAUUGCCGAGGAGUGUCUACGUGCAGUAUGAUGCGCUGAGGCUGGAAGUGCAGUAGAGGCGCGUGUAGAGGUGGACUGUUAAUAGGACGAGGAGCUACGUGUAAUUAGCAACAAGAACCGCGGUGUGGUG